AUGGAUCGCCAUUGCCAUGCAACGCAUAUAGAUGACAAAGACUUCCACACAACAAGCACCGAUAUCGAUGCCUAUCCAUCUUAUUCACCCACUAGCACGAGUGCCAGUGCCAACAGCGACACCGAAACCCUCGACCAACCUGACUCUCUCGAACUUUCCCGGAUCGAAACACACCGACUGCAACAAAAGACCACUGUUGGGUCAACGCGUGGGCUUCAACCGCGCGAGACAUGGCUGCCCAUGGGCGCGGGCAAGGAGUAUCCGCCGCUCCUGCCGGAUCCUGAGGACUUUGUGGUCGAGUUUGACGGCGCAGGGGAUCCUUUGCAUCCGUAUAACUGGCCUUUAAUGAGGAGUACAUUCGCGACAUCCUUCACGAGCGCCGUGUUCUCAGCGGGUAUAUCUGCCGUGACAGAAGAGUUCCACGUCGGGACGGAAGUCGGCUCGCUCGGAGUGACUUUAUACGUCCUCGGUUUCGCUGCCGGUCCGAUUGCCUGGGCGCCCAUGUCCGAGCUGGUCGGCCGACGGUUACCGAUCUGUCUAGGGGUAUUCGGAUGCGGGAUAUUCACGAUAGCAGGCGGAACAGCAAAAGAUAUCCAGACGGUUAUGCUAACGCGGUUCUUCGCUGGACUGUUCGCGGCAAGUCCCGUGUCCGUUGUGCCCGCUGUCUUUGCAGAUCUGUUUUCCACGGCCCAGCGGGGGAUCGUCAUGUCUGUAUUCUGUAUGGCAGUGUUCAUCGGGCCUUUUGCGGCGCCCUUUGUAGGCGGUUUCAUCGCCAUGGCGCUAGGCUGGCGCUGGAUCCAUUAUAUCUCGGCAAUCAUGGUCUUCCUGGGCUUUGUGCUGGCGCUUUGUUUCCUCGACGAGACGUAUGCGCCUGUUAUACUGGUGCACAAGGCCGCGGUCUUGCGGCGGCAGACGCAUAAUUGGGGGAUUCAUGCGAAGCAAGAUGAGGUGGAGGUGGAGUUCAUCGAGCUUGUGAGGAACAACUUCACGCGGCCGCUGAAGAUGCUCAUCACCGAGCCGAUUCUGCUUUUAGUCUCGCUGUAUAUCUCUUUUGUGUACGGGCUUAUGUAUGCACUGCUCGGCGCGUACCCUGUUGUUUUUCAGCAGGUGUACGGGAUGAACAUUGGUGUCGGUGGACUGGCAUUCAUCGGCCUGAUCAUCGGCGAACUGGUUGGCGGCGCAUACGUACUCACCCUGCAAGGCUCGUACAGACGCAAGCUCGAAGCGAACCACGGCCAGCCCGUACCGGAAUGGCGUCUCACUCCGGCCAUUGUCGGGUCCGUCGCGUUCUCGGCCGGCCUGUUCUGGUUCGGCUGGUGCGGGUACAGGGACGAUGUUCACUGGAUGGCGCCAGUUGCAUCAGGGGUGCUCACUGGUCUCGGCAUUUUCUGUAUUUUCUUGCAGUGCUUCAACUAUAUCGUUGACUGCUAUCCUACGUUCGCUGCGUCGACAAUCGCUGCGAAUACGAUCCUGCGCUCUGCGUUGGGAUGUGCGUUUCCGUUGUUUUCAAGGCAGAUGAUGGAGAACCUCGGCGUUCAGUGGGCUGGCACCUUGCUAGGAUGUAUCGCUGCUGCCAUGAUUCCGAUCCCGGUGCUGUUUCGUAUGUACGGGCCGUGGCUGAGACAGAAGAGCAAGCUGGCUUGCGCUUCGGUGUAUAGCCCUCAGAAGAAGGGAGAUGUCUAA